AUUUCUUCUGAACGGAGAUUAAUGGCAGCGUUUCCCUACUGUACAGUCUGCAGUAUGUACAAGAUGAAUUUGCUUACUUGUAAUUAAAUUUGGAUGAAAAUCAGAGUUGAUGAGAAAAUAGCUGUAAAACAUUUGAAAUAAAUGAACAAUAAAAAGUGAAAGAAGGAAAUAAAUUUAUAUUGUUCUGGGAGAAGAGAAAACUAUUGAAACAAUGGAUAAUGUUACAGACUUAAAGGAUUGAUUUAUUAUUUUGUUGAAGAGAUGCAGAAAGUGACUGAAAAAUCGUCAUACCAUUGUGGUGUGUGUAAGAAACCAUUUGCUCUGGAAAGUAACCUUAUUAAACACAAAUGUAUUAAUAGAGGUGAGAAACCAUAUCCCUGUGAUAUUUGUGGUAAAUCAUUCUCUGUAUCUGGUCACUUAACUAAACACAAACGUACCCAUACAGGGGAAAAACCAUAUCACUGUAACAUCUGUGGUAAAUCAUUCUCUAGGAAUGAUGGUCUCACGGGUCAUAAACGUACUCAUAUAGGAUAGAAGUCAUAUCACUGUGAUAUCUGUGGUAAAUCAUUCUCUAGAAAUGAUGGUCUCACUAGCCAUAAACGUACUCAUAUAGGAUAGAAGUCAUAUCACUGUGAUAUCUGUGGUAAAUCAUUCUCAGAAUGUGUUAACUUAACUAAACACAAACGUACUCAUACAGG